GAGACCUUCCGCGAGACAUUGGGUCAAGCGUGAAAGAGGAGGGCGGGCGAGCGAAGGAAUUUGCUGCUAUGUCUUUACUACACUAUGCAGUACGAGCAAGACCGGAGCAAAAUCGAGAUGAGCUUUGAUCUUACUCAAUUCCGCAACGAGGACCCUUCUGGCUCACGCAGGCAUCCUCCCCCUGACUUUGUUUCAGCCUCAACGCAGUCCAGUAGUACCACCAUAUUUCUAGGCAGGGGCAGCUCGCAGGAUCACUGGACGUGGACCCAGAAAAGGAAAUAUAUUUGUCUUUCGAACCUUAGCUGUUUGCUGGAGCGUAGACGGUGCUCAACAUGCACGAAAUUGGAAUUACCUUUGGAUUCGCAGCCGCAUAUCGUCUUGGCGCUUCGUUCCCUUUCAAGGACGAUCCAAACUGCGCACGACUUUUCAAGCUGUAUUUGGGGGUUGUCGCAUGCGUGCGAGAAAAGAGGACCGUAACGAUUUAUUUGCAUGAGCGAGUCAGGUCUCCCAACACACCUUCGCUAUUGGCCUGCAUAGCCAUGUUAGCUCGCCAUCAUCCGGUUCCCUUUGUC